AACAUGACGUCUGCACGUGCGACUGGUGGUUAUGAAGCAGAGUUUGUAAAGCCACUUGAGAAAGAUCUCGAGUGUCCCAUCUGCUUGCUUGCUCUCAGAGAGCCUCUACAGACUCCGUGCGGUCACCUCAUGUGCAAAAGCUGCGUGGACAAAAUCACAAAAGAUGGAGAGUUUAAAUGUCCACUGGAUAACAAGGUGGAGAAGAGAAGUGAGGCUUUUUUGGAUAAAAUUCAUGAACGUAAAGUUCUUCAUCUUAAAGUGAAGUGCAACAAACAUGGAGAUGGAUGUGCAUGGAUUGGAGAGUUGCGUGAUCUGCAGAAACACGCAGAUGAUGGAUGUGAUUUUGCUCAAGUUUAUUGUGAAUUUCUGUCUGUUGGGUGUUCUCACCGGAUGAAGAAGAGAGACGUUGGUGAUCAUGAAGACAAGUGCAGCAAAGAGCAUAUGCGUUUGCUGUUAAAGAAUGUUGAUGAGCUGAAAGCCCAGCUUCAACGCCGACCUUAUGAAUCCUGCAAGUUCAUGUGGAAAAUAGAAAACUGGAGCAAAACCCUUCAAACUGCCAAAAUGGAAAAAGGAGAAUGCAUGUAUGUGAAUAGCAGUUCUUUCUACACAGGCUAUCCAGGAUACCAAUUAUGCAUGGUUGUGCAUCCGAAUGGCAAUGGAAUAGGUAUAGGAACUCAUGUGGGUGUGUAUCUAGUCAUCAUGAAAGGUGACUUUGAUCAUCAAUUGCACUGGCCGUUUUCUUAUUCCUACAGACUGACUGUCAUUGACCAGCAGCCUGACGGCAAAAAUGUGAGCGAGCUGGUUAAUCCAACAAAGGAAGGACCAGAUUCAAAGGAAUGCUUUGAGAGGAAAACUAAGAAAACAUUGAAAGCAUGGGGAUUCCAUAAAUUCAUUAGUCAUUUGGAUUUAACUAACCAGACUCGUGCAUACAUCAGAGAUGACUCUCUUCUCGUAAGCGCUGAAAUUCUGAUCUGA